AUGGCUAGCUGGUCAGUCAACCCGAGUUCGUCUUUUCCCCAUCAUUCUAUACCUCUCUUUAUCUACCUUUCCCCUUUUUUUUUGAUACUCUUCCUACUUAUCCUUCCCUUCAUCUUCACUCAUAUUCUUCCUUCAUUUCACCUCUCUCCUUUUUUUCCUUUGAUUUUCUUCCUCUAUUCGCUAACCUCACCCUUUCACUUUCUCUUGCUACUUCCUUAUUUCCGCUCUUAUCCUCCCCUUCAUCUUUACCCUCAUUCUCCAUUCAUUUCACCUUCCUUCUCACCCUCCCACAACUCAUUCUCUGCCCUCCUCUCAUCUACCUUUUCCAUUCUUUUGAUACUAUCUCUUUCCACUCUUAUCCCCGCCUUCGUCUUCACUCUUCUUAUUCUUCACUGCAUCUCUUUCCCCCUCUCUCAUUUUCCUCUUCCCACUCUUAACCUCCCCUUCAUCUUCACUCUUAUAUUCUUCCUCUCUUUCAUCUCUUCUCCCACUCAUUGUGUUCCUCUCUUCACCUACCCCUUCCUCUCUUACAUUAUUUCUGCUGUCUCCACUCAGAUUUCACUCUCUAUAUUAUCUCUUCCUUUCCUCCUCAACCCUCGUCCUUCUCUUUUUAGUUUAUCACCAUUCUUUCACCCUCUUAGCGAUCCAUUUGGUGAGAGUCAUCAUAUUGAAAGUUUUAUUCGUUCAUUCAUGUUUUCGUGUCACUUCGAAAUUAUCUCGUUACAUUUGAAUCGUUUCUUAUGA